GAUUUGAUAAGCUAAAUAUUAAAAGACAGCACAACUUUUUAGUAGUCAUAACACAUAUAAGGCAAACAUGAAGCUGCUUUGUACAAGAGUUUUGGCUUUGCUGCUACUAAUGCCAUUAGAUAUACACAGCCAGACGCAGUUGCCGAAAAGGCGACCCAAAAAAGAUUUGUUUUGGGAUCGCUGUGAGGAAAUGUUCUUCGAUACGAAUAUUCAGGCAAAUGUCGUUAAGGAAAUGGUUAAGUCAUUAAAAUCUUAUUUGAAAGCAAACUGUGUGAAUGGGCAAAAACUGCAGUUCUACUCAACAUUCUUAAUUGGUAGUUUAUAUUGCGAUGGCAAUGUGCCAGAUACUAUCGAACAAUUAUUAAACUUGAUACAGCAACCUGAUGAUCGUCCGUGCAAGGAAAUUGAUGGCUUCCAUGAAGUUUAUUUGAAGUCCUAUUUAUAUUAACAAACUAAAU